CUCCAAUCUUCCGCCACGCCGCCUCAGUCAGAGAGAGAGAGAGAGAGAGAGAGAGAGAGAGAGAGCCUCUUGCUUCCAAGGCGACGAUUCGAAUCAAGCCCUCACAGCCAUGGAAAUUGUGCGAUCCCAAAGGCAGCUCGCGGCGGAGGCCGCAGCCGCCACUGGCGGAGGCGGGGCGGGGGCCCUCCCAACGUACCGGGUGGCGCCGCAGCUGGAGGUGCGGCUGGAGGAGUUCGAGCUCUUCGCCAUCGACCGCCUCCGAGUUCUGAAAGGGAUUUCGGAUGGGCUCUCCCGUGGGAAGAGGCCGGAGGAGAUGGAGAAAUUGGUCAGCGAGUUGUGGAAGGCACACAUGAGACACCAGGAUCCAGCAGAGACUUUGAACAAGGACAUAAUAUCUCACUUUGUGCUCCGUCUUGUCUACUGCAGAACGGAAGAAUUACGCAAGUGGUUUCUCUCCAUGGAGAUGACACUUUUUCGGUACCGCUUUCGGCUCGAGAGCCCUGAAUCACAGAGGCUUCUUAUGAGUGAGUUUCAGCUCCCAUACAAAGCAUUGCCACACUCAGAAUUUGAGGCUGUGAAAGAUAAGUUAAGCCAAGUUGCACGUUCCAUUGGUCAAUCUGCAAGCGUUGAAUCUGUGUUCUUCAAGGUACCUUUUGAAGAAGUUCCAGAUCUUGUUGCCAGCCGCCGAGUAUUCCUUUCAAAAGGCUAUGCUUAUGUUGCAAUGAGUCAGGUGGUUUCGCUUGUGGUUACCCAAUUCCGGAGCAACAUCUCAAAGGCACUUGUUUUAACGAAUAGGAAAUGGACAUCGACCAUUAAGGAACAAGAGAAGGACAGGUUGACUCCUAUUGUUGAGGCAUUAAGCAAUGCGUAUUUUGGACCUGAUUACUCUCAGCCAAAUGAUGCUGCUGAGAUUUCUCCGAAGGAUAUUGAUCAACUGGCUAGAACUUCUUUCCCUCUUUGUAUGCGUCACAUGCUAGAGAAGUUGAGAGAAAACCAUCAUCUGAAGAAUGGGGGUAGAAUGCAGUUUGGUCUUUUUCUUAAGGGUGCUGGGCUGAAGUUGGAGGACGCUCUUACAUUUUGGAGAGCAGAAUUCUCUCAGAAGGUUGGCUCUGAGCGAUUUGACAAGGAAUAUGCUUAUAGUAUCAGACAUAAUUAUGGAAAAGAGGGAAAAAGAACGGAUUACACUCCAUAUUCAUGUCAAAAGAUCAUCUCUGCGACACCUGGUGUUGGUGAUUACCAUGGUUGCCCUUAUCGACAUUUUGGUGAAGAGAACUUAAGAGCAGCUCUCAACAAUAUGGGUGUCAGUGGAAAUGCUUUGGAAGGAAUACUGGAUAAAGUGAAGAACAGGCAUUACCAGCUCGCUUGCACAUUGACUUUUGAGGCAACUCACAAUGUCUCAUGUGAUACUGGAAUUAAUCAUCCUAAUCAGUAUUUCAGUGAAAGCCAGAAAGUCUUGCAAGCCAAGAACCAAACAGUGCAAAACCAGUCAUCGACCUAGCUUGUGAUGCUCCUGCACAAACCAGUCCAUCGACAAAAAAGAAACUCAGUCCGACAGGAGCACGGUGGUUCAAUCGAAGUCAUGCUUGUUGCCAACAAUGUGAAGAUCACACUGUUGAUACUUAUUUAAUCUGGUCCGUGGAGUGUGUUAUGUUGGUCAUUAGGAGUUGAGGAUUCCGCACAUGUUCAUGAGGCUUCAUCCUGUAGUACUAGUAACAUGUCAGAAGUAAUUCAUUGUCGCACAGCGUUAGGUAUAUGAGAAAGCGAAUCGAGGCUUGAUAUUGAUUCUGUAGUCUAUUCUAACUUGCUACUGCAAUCCUGUAAUACCAGUGACUUGUAAAUGCCCGGUUCAGUUGUGCUGCUUCGGGAGGACAAUUGCUGAGUAUGCAAGUUCUUCGUUUCAGAUAUGGCAUUUCACAUUGUUCUGUAAAAGGUAAGCACUAGAUGUUGCUGACCGAUAUAUCCUGUGCAUGUUCGAUUUGGAGAACAUUCUGAGCAGUAUUAUUUCUGCUGUUACCUGA